ACUUUCGCACGCGCUGCACCACCGCUCCAGCGCAUCUCUUGCGCCCGUUCAUUCGGUUCCGCUAGAGCUUCUGCGUCCGCGCCGAACAAAGCUGAUUCAACCGUUCUGUCCUCUUGGUUUCCGCGACACCAACGCGUUCGAACCGCCUGCACAAUGUCUUCUUCAGAUGACACGCCUCUAGUGAAGGCGAACACCGGAGCAGUUUCGAGCGAAACCAUUCCUAAGUCUGUCGAUAAAGCUAUGGAUAAGCAGCUUCCAGCCAAUGGCCAUGUCGAGCCCGGUAUCUCGAUACGAAUGGGCCCGGUAGACGCGAUGGACGUCGAUGCGCCCAACGGCACGGCGAACGGAAAGCGCAAGUCUCGUGGCAGUAUCCCAACCGCCAGCUACAAGGACCGCAGCGGUUCUGAAGAUGACGAUGACAAGCCACUGAGUAAGCGGCGAAGGACAUCUCAGCAAGCAAAGCCUGUGGUAGACUCCGACUCCGAGCUCAGCGAUGUUCCACUCAAAGCCCGAGUGCUUCCCAAGGCUAGUGCAGAUCAAAUUGGAGAGGAACUAGAUUCUGAUGUGCCUCUAACAACAAAACUGGUGAAGAAGAAGGAGUCGAUCGAGAAGGCUGCUGCAAAGGAAGCUAAGGCAAUUCGCACAAAAGAGAAGGCAGCACCCAAACGCAAACCCAAGACCGAAAGCGAAUCCGAAGACGAUAUUCCCCUUGCGAAAAAGAAAGCACCAGCAAAGAAGACCAACGGCGUUAAGAAGGAAGAGUCAGACUCCGACGUUCCACUCGCAAAGAAGCCGGCAGCGAAGAAGGCCAAAGCCAAGCCUGCGCCAGUUCCAGCAAAGAAGGGCAAGGCGAAGGUUAAGACUGAGGAAGAACAACAACAGGACCAGGAUGCAGAUCAGGAAGAUGAGGAGUAUCGUUGGUGGGAGGACAAGGCGAAGGGUGAUGGUACCAAGAAAUGGGACACUCUGGAGCAUAAUGGCGUUGUAUUCCCGCCAGAAUACGAGCCUCUGCCAAAGAACGUCAAAUUGAUAUACGACGGAGUGCCAGUUUCUCUGCACCCAGAGGCCGAGGAGAUUGCUGGCUUCUACGGGAGCAUGCUCAACUCCGCCCAUAACGUCGAGAACCCCACCUUCAACAAGAAUUUCUUCGAGGAUUUUGUUGCCGUUCUUGACAAGAGGGGACACGGCAAGGACAAAGACGGCAAGACUAUCAAGAUCAAGAAGUUCGAGAAGUGCGACUUCAAGCCCAUCUUCGAACACUUUGACGCCGAGCGUGUGAGGAAGAAGGCCCUCCCGGCUGCCGAGAAGAAGGCUCUCAAAGCAGAGAAAGACGCGAUUGAGACGCCUUUCAUGUACUGCAUGUGGGAUGGACGCAAGCAAAAGGUCGGAAACUUCCGUGUCGAACCGCCGAGUCUGUUCCGUGGUCGUGGCGAGCAUCCAAAGACUGGUCGCGUCAAAAAACGAGUGUUGCCCGAACAGAUCACCAUCAACAUCGGCGAGAAGGCGGAGGUACCCGCGCCACCUGCAGGCCACAAGUGGAAGGAAGUCAAGCACGAUCACGAAGGCACAUGGCUCGCUAUGUGGCAAGAAAACAUCAACGGUGCAUACAAGUACGUCAUGUUAGCUGCUAACUCGGACAUCAAGGGUCAAAGCGACUUCAAGAAGUUCGAAAAGGCCCGUGAUCUCAAGAAACACAUUGAUCGCAUCCGUGCGGACUACAGGAAAGAGCUCAAGUCGGAGAAGAUGGUCGACCGUCAACGCGCGACUGCUAUUUACUUGAUCGAUCAAUUCGCGCUCCGUGCGGGUAACGAGAAGGGCGAGGAUGAGGCAGACACGGUCGGUUGCUGUUCGCUGAAGUUCCAGCAUGUAACCCUGAAGCCUCCCAACACUGUUGUCUUCGACUUCCUCGGUAAAGACAGUAUCCGAUUCUACGAUGAAGUCGAGGUCGAUACACAGGUAUUCAAGAACCUGAAGAUCUUCAAGAAGGAGCCGAAGACAACCGGUGAUGACAUCUUCGACAGACUCACGACGUCUGCUCUCAACAAGCACCUUACAAGCUAUAUGACAGGUCUCACGGCGAAGGUCUUCCGUACCUACAAUGCAUCGUACACUAUGGCCAGGCUUCUCAAGGAGAUGAAGGCUACUGGUACCAUCCAGGAGAAGGUCAAGGCGUACAACGAUGCCAAUCGCGAAGUCGCCAUUCUCUGCAACCAUAAACGCACUGUCGCUGCUGGUCACGCUGGCUCUGUAGAAAAGAUGCAAGAUAGAAUCAACGGCCUUCGAUACCAGCUAUGGAGAACAAAGAUGAUGAUGCUUGACGUUGAUUCUAAGAUCAAGAAAAAGAAGGGCGCCGAGUACUUUGAGCGUCCAGAGGACCUCGACAUGGACUGGGUGAGAGCACAUCAAACGGCUGAGGUAGAGGAGUUGCGCCAGAAGAUCACCAAGAAGUUCGAAAAGGACAACGAGAAGCUUGCCGCAGAGGGAGAGAAGGAGAUGAAGCCCAAAGAGCUGCAAGAGCGUCUCGAGAAGGCCGACGAGCUUGCAGCCAAGUACAAAAAAGAAAACAAGACUGGCAAGGUCGAGGCCGAAGGCAAGGGCCCGUCAAUUGACAAGCUCGAGACAGCCGUCGACAAGCUGAAUCAACGUAUCGAAAACAUGAAGGUUCAGUUGGAGGACAAGGAGGGCAACAAAGAGGUUGCUCUGGGCACAUCCAAGAUCAACUACAUUGACCCCCGUCUUACUGUGGUCUUUUCCAAGAAGUUCGACGUGCCUAUUGAGCGCUUCUUCUCGAAAACACUUCGCGAGAAGUUCGAUUGGGCUAUUAAGUCCGUGGAUGAGGAUUGGGAGUUCUAGAUCGGUAUCAUUUCUUCGGACAUUUUCGGAAGGUUGCCGCGAGAACGUCGAAAAGCACAGCGGAUCUGUACAGCUUCUGCAUGGGUAUUAAGCUGCAUUCGGAUAUUUGCACUUUUUC